AUGAAUCAAUUGCGGGCGCAGAAACAACGUGUGGUACCGUCAACUCGACUGGAACGGUAUACACGACACUUUUUGCUCAUGACCUUGACAGCCCUUUCGGCAACGGAACUCCGAAUCAUCGGGAGUUUGAUCAACAGUCGAAUACGAGAUUUGGCACAAUUGUUGGAACAAGUUGACCACGUACGCGGUACCCGAAUUUGUCGAGUACCAGAAGAGUGA